GUUGUUCCUCGGGGUGUUUUUGAGCCUGCCACCCAACUCAAGCAGGCAGAGAAGCCGGGGGACAGCAUGAUGGACCUUUUUGAAACUGGCUCCUAUUUCUUCUACUUGGACGGGGAGAAUGGAGCCCUGCAGCAGCUGGAGAUGGCUGAGGGAUCCCCGCUGUACCCAGGCAGCGAUGGCACCUUGUCCCCAUGUCAGGACCAAAUGCAGCCAGAGGCCGGCAGUGACAGCAGCGGAGAGGAGCAUGUGCUGGCACCCCCGGGACUACAACCCCCUCACUUCCCCGGACAGUGUUUGAUCUGGGCUUGUAAAACUUGCAAGAGAAAGUCGGCCCCCACGGACAGACGGAAAGCAGCCACCCUCCGGGAGAGGAGGAGGUUGAAGAAGAUCAACGAAGCCUUCGAGGCUCUGAAAAGGAGGACUGUGGCGAACCCCAACCAGAGGCUGCCCAAGGUAGAGAUACUCAGGAGCGCCAUCAGCUACAUCGAGAGGCUGCAGGACCUCUUGCACAGGCUGGAUCAGCAGGAGAAAAUGCAGGAGAUCGCGGGGGACCCCUUCAGCUUCAGCCCCAAGCAGGGAAAUAUCGCCAGUUCGGACUUCCUGAGCACCUGCAGCUCGGACUGGCAAACCGUUUCUGACCAUUCCCGAGCCCUAGGAAUCAGCCCCAAAGAAGGAGUCUCCGUUGUCGAGUCGUCGGCCUCCAGCAGCCUUCGCUGCCUCUCUUCGAUAGUGGACAGUAUUUCUUCCGACGAGCCCAAACCGUCCAGUGCGGAGGAAGCGGUGGAGAAAUAAACCCGGUUCUGUGGUAGUAUGUUUAACGAGAUGGAGCCCCUAUCCUCUUUCCUCUAAACAAGUAAUGAAGCAAAUUAACACAGUGGAAAACCCAAGCAGGGGCCUUGUUAAGGUUGAUUCAAGGUACACCUACCCCCAAAAACAUGGCUCUCACUGACUCGAGCCAGAUAGACUUUCCCUCUUUUGUGUUCUUCUUUUUUCCCCACGAGUUUUGUUUUCUUUAAAUUGUGUUGCAUAGACCACCCCUCUUUUUUCUUUCUUUUUUUUUUCUAAUUUAAGAUAUUUACCUGUGUACCGGUGAUCCUCUUUGUCCGAGACUCACCGGGAAGUUCAUUCCUGUCUGAGUGAAGCUGUUGGUUGCAUUUUGUGUGAGUCAUAUUUAAAGAGUUCCCGCCUCGUUUCGUUCCUGUAAAUAAUUUCAGUACUGUCUUUUCUUUUGUAAACAUAACAUAUAUAUUUAAAUGGUGGAAUGUGAUAUUGUAUAUAAGAACAGAUGGAUUUCUUGGAUUGUAAAAUAAAGCUCUUUGUGUUACAGUG